GUGGAACAAUAAAGAGCCCUUUGGUCGAGCUGACGUUGACUGUACAUACAUGGUUCUCAGGUUGAUGAUCUUUAAGUUCUGGUAAGAUUAUAAGGUGAGUGCUGCAGGCUGCACUCACUUAAGAAGUGUGUACUUCUCCCCUCAAAAGAAGCACGACGAAGAGCAUGUAGAGGUGAAUCCCCGUUUCAUGUACUGAAACUGACGACAUUUUGGCCUAUCUAUUUAGUAGUUAGCUGUUUUUAUUUUUUCUUUACCGCCUGCAGUACUCCAAAGUACCCCUAUGGGCACGCGUACUCCCAUUUGCUCAUCGAUAUUGUUUUCCAGUAUUUACGGUAAUAUACCGGAAGAGGCCAUUGGGCGAAUGCCGUUCUCUGAUAAACAACAUCAGAGGGUUACUUUUGAUGUCAGUAACUGUUACCUUUCGACGGUAGUCGCGAAAAAUAUGUUAAUAAACAUGUCACCGUGUGGCUCAACUUUGGAAGAACAGCUUUCGUCCAUAAUGGACGUGCUUGCGAAAGCGGCUGUAUCUGAAAUUAGCCAACUGAUCUCGGAUGGGUCGGCUACUCUUCAGUUACAAAUAACCCAGAGCCGCGAAGAAAACGAAGCGCUGAGGACGAGGAUGAAGGUGAUGAAGAGUGAGCUGUUUUCUUUGCGGCUUCAAACAAGAUCAAAUGCAUCGCGUGCGCAAAGUCGUUUUGGCUUGGCUCGACCCAACAUCUGCAAACCACGGACUACAUCAAUGAGAAAUGACCUAAAGCCACUGAUGGACCACAAGGCGGUUGGGAUUUCCCGUUUUCAUUCAACAUCCAAAAGUGAGGCUUCGUCAGUUACAAGUCCAGCAGAGGUACUAGGCACAACAUACAAAUAGAAAGCAUACACCUUUAUAAUUCACUGGGUCUAGAAUGGGGGUUGACAACUUUUACGUGCAAAUGCCUAGAAUAUGUAUUGUGUGUGUUCCCCUCUUUACGACAAGAAGGAGACCCCCGACAUCAUUUUAAUCAAGGUUGAAGAGGAUAUCAGUGGAUGCAGGCCAUUAGACGACUGCAAUGCCUUUGGAGACCGCAACACUCAGCGCACAGCCGCCUUGAAGAGUCUGCAUGUGGACGCCCCUGGCUCCUCCCACAUGUCCAGUCACAACGGGGAGCUGCGGAUCUUGAGUGUCCACGGACAUGGGGGGGGCCAACUGGUGGUGGACGGCCAUGACACCCUCUUCAGCGCGUCCGAUCUAGAGGCCCUUAGCUCGCUGUCCGUGGACCACAGUGUGGCCAAGAGCCUGGACUGCGGCAAGCGGCUCGUCCACUGUGAGGAGCUGACUGGGCAUCGGGGCGGCCGCAAGGGCCGGCCCUGUGUCUUGUGUGGCAAGGUUUUUCCCAACAAUGCCAAGAUGACCAUCCACAUGCGUACCCACACCGGCGAGAAGCCCUACAGGUGUGACCAAUGCAUGAAGCGCUUCAGACAGAGCUGUAGCCUGAAGAUCCACAUGAGGAUUCACUCCGGGGAGAAGCCCUGCGUGUGUCACCAGUGCAACAUCAGCUACAGGUACUCCAGCAGUUUGCGUCGCCACAUGACCAAGCACAAGGGCAAAGGGGUGCUUUGAAACGGAGAAACAGAACGCUUUGAUUGACACCAUUAUCCUUUAUGUGAUGAAAUUACAGCUUCUAGGUUCUUCUUACGAUUAAAGGUUUUUGUCAGGAUUAAAGAUGUUUUCCAACUUUUUGAUAUUUAUAGAAAAUAUCUAUUUCUGUGUUGUUAAUAAUUGUGAAGAAGAACUACUUAUUUUUUGGACAAUUCGGAUAGCAAAGAAUUUGAAUUAAUUUUAAUUUUAAACUUUCACAUUGUGGGUUAAUUGAAGCGAAUGGCGUGGUGACUAUUACUAAAACAAGAGCUGGUAAAUUGUGAAAAAUGAAUAAAACUGUAAUCUGACAACUCGGUUAUAUGCUAUAGACCCUAGAGUAUCUGGUAUUAAGGCUGGGACGAAUUUCGUAUUAUAAAUAUGUAAACUUUAUGUUAAGUAUAAACCGUCGCGAUUCCCAUUGAAACGAACAAUUUGCGGCCUGGCUGUCACCUGUGGACCGCGGUAACUCUGCCCUGUACCUACAUACACGCACACACACAAACACAAUUUAAGAGCAUGCUAGACUCUUCCGUCUUCUCAGACACUCAGAGAAUGAUGUGCUUGAUCAUUUCGAUAAUAAAGGUAGAUUCCACAUUCCAUCUUUAGAAAUUAUUUAGAAAACUUAAUUGCAUAAUAUGCACCUUUCCCCCCCCCCCCCCCCUUCACAAGCGAAGGUUUAUUUUUUUAAUGAAUAAAUAUAAAUAAUGUAUGCGUUCUAUUUGUCAUUGUAAACAUGAACAAUAAAAUGGUGCAAAUAUUCCCUAUUCAAUGAUAUACAUGUGCAUGUGCUUUAUUAAGCUGUGUGCUAAAUUCUCCCCACAAAAGAAUCACAACGCCAGGGGAUUGGGAGAGCAUGUAGAGGUGAAUCCUAUUAAAAUGUAUUCUCCCUGAAAAUGACCUUUGGUCUUGGACGAGUUUUCUUUAUCACAGAUUCUCCUUUCUCUGUGUUUUCAGAUGUAUCUUUCAACCACAUGUCCAUUUUCACGAUUUUCUUUUGUCUAGCUUUCAGAAUUUAAACUUGCUCAGGGUGAAAAAAAAAAGAUAGUUGGCUGUUAUUAUUUCUUAGAAGUAUGCCCUGCAGUACACCAAAGUACCCCUAGGGCUACGCUUACUCCCAUAGAGUGGCGAAGUCACGCCCCUUCCGGUAGAGCCCAUGGGACCUAUGAGAUUAAAUAAAUGAUAAUUUUUCAUGCAAAGAAAUCAAAACAUUUUCGUGAAGAAGUUUGAUAAUGUUAGGUUUUGUUUGAGAGCGCUUUGUGAACUACAGCUCUUCACUGCUCUCUAUUUGCUCAUCGAUGUUGUUUUUCAGUAGUUACGGUAAUAUACCGGAACAAGCCACCCAUUGGAUGAAUGCCAUUCUGGGAUAAAUCACCAUCUCAGGGUUGAGUUUGAUGUCGGUAACUUAUCUCUCAGCGGUAGUCGAUUAAAAUAUGUUGAUAAACAUGUCACCGUGCGGCUCAACUUUGGAGGAACAGCUUUCGUCUAUAAUGGACGUACUUGCGAAAGCGGCUGUAUCUGAAAUUAGCCAACUGUUCUCUGAUGGGUCUGCUACUCUUCGAUUACAAAUAACUCAGAGCCGCGAAGAAAACGAAGCGCUGAGGACGAGAAUGAAGGAGAUGAGGAGUGAGCUGUUUUCUUUGCGUCUUCAAACUAGAACGAUUGCAUCGCAUGCGGCAAGUCGUUUUGCCCUGGCUCGAGCCAACACCUGCACACCACGGACUAUAUCACUGGGAAAUGGUGAGUUGAGUUCCAACUAAUGUGUGGAAAGAAGUGUUCAGGGGGUACUAUUAACUUUAACAUUUGCAGUAAAGGGAAAUAGUUAAAAUAAUAAUCGUGAUUCAAAUGCACAAUUAAUAAUGAUUUAAAUAGGAGAAGCAGGCUACUUCUCAAUACAUGCCGAAUAUCACCAUGGUGAAGUUAGUUUGAUGUUGGUUAUUCGACAGAUAUUCAACAGAUAUUCGGCCAUUCAUUUUUUCCUAUGGGAAAUUGCUUUUUGCUCAAUAGCUUCCGAGUGAUGGGACCCAGAGGCCCCAGACCAAUGUUGACCUGUCCUACUAUGUGGUACUAACAACACACACCUCACUAAAAAUUAUAUAUUUUGCACCUCCUAUUUUAUUUAAAUAUUUUAAGAAUCCCAUUCAUUUCCUAUGGGAAAUUGCUUUUUGCUCAAUAGCUUCCGAGUUAUGGGACCCAGACACCUCAGACCAAUGUAGAGCUGUCCUACUAUGUGGUGAUAACAACACACACCUCACUAACAAUAAAUAUUUUGCACCUCCUAUUUUAUUUUAAUUUUUUAAAAAUCCCAUUCAUUUCAACGGCUUCUUGCUCAAUAGCUUCCGAGUUAUGGGACCCAGAGGCCCCAGACCAAUGUAGACCUGUACGACUAUGUGGUACUAACAACACACACCUCACUAAAAAUUAAUAAUUUGCACCUCCAAUUUUAUUUGAAUUUUUUAAAAAUCCCAUUCAUUUCCUAUGGGAAAUGGCUUUUUGCUCAAUAGCUUCCGAGUUAUGGGACCCAGAGGCCCCAGACCAAUUUAGACCUGUCCUACUAUAGGGUACUAACAACACACACCUUACUAAAAAUAAAUAUUUGGCACCUCCUAUUUUAUUUGAAUUCUUUAAAAAUCCCAUUCAUUUCCUAUUGAAAACAGCUUUUUGCUCAAUAGCUUCCGAGUUAUGGGACCCAGAGGCCCCAGACCAAUGUAGACUUGUCCUACUAUGUCGUAAUAACAACACACACCUCCUUAAAAAUUAGUAUUUUGCACCUCCUAUUUUCUUUAAAUAUUUUAAGAAUUCCAUAAUAUUCAUGAUAUACUAAUCAAACACAGCUUCAUUUGUUUUCCCACUUCAUUAUGUGAACUUGCAAAUUAUAUUUUAGCUUCAGACCUUUCUGUAAUAUUUCCUUCUUGCAAUCCAUGGCAAUGAAUGAGAAUGUGUGUUGUUAUUACCACAUAGUAGGACAGGUCCACAUUGGUCUAGGGCCUCUGGGUCCCAUAACUCGGAAGCUAUUGAGCAAAAAGCCGUUUUCCAUAGGAAAUGAAUGGGAUUUUUAAAAAAUUCAAAUAAAAUAGGAGUUGCAAAAUAUUUAUUGUUAGUGAGGUGUGUGUCGUUAUUACCACAUAGUAGGACAGGUCCACAUUGGUCUGGGGUGUCUGG